AUGCCUUUUGGUCGUCUAGGAAAGCACGGCAACCGGUCGCAGCACGCUCUCCCCAUCCUGGAGCCGUCGGGGUCGGCAUCGACUAGCGGAGCAGCAAAGGACUUCCAGGAAGUAAGCAACCGCCCCGGCUCUGGCUCUGGCUCCUCUGGUGCUGGUGCUCCUUCUAGCGCUGCUGCAUCUGCUGCGUCGGCCGUCGCCCCUGGUCUCUCAAAUGCUCCUGCAACUGCCAAUCCCCCUCACCCAGCCUCGCCCACUGGCUUCGGUUCGAGUGAGUCUUUAGAUCUGCAGCACCAGCAACAGCAACGGCAACAGGCGCAACAAACGCAACAGGGUCAACGUCCCCCAUCGCAGCCGCAGCCGCACGCCCGGCAGCAGGAAGAACUCGCGCAAAACCCUCAAUCUCCUCACCGGGGCCAGGACCAGGACGAGGACGACCAGCACCCGCCUCCGCCUCCGCCUCACCAUUUUAAGCCUGCCAAUAAAAUUACCAAACUCCCUCCGCCUCCCACUCUGCACAAUCAAAGUGCGGCUGGGGCUGGUGCUGGUGGUCAAAGUGCCCCUUUUGAUCCUCGCCUGAGUGGUCACGACUUAUCUGCCCCCGUCACACACCCUUCCCAAGCCCAUCAUUACCCUCCACCGCUACAACAUCGUUCUACAUUUUCCGACUCGGUGGACGAUCUCCAGCAGCAAAUUGCAUCCCCCGCUGCUGCUGCUGCCCACGUCCACGCCCAAGCCCAAGCUCAGGCUCAAGCUCAGGCACAGGCUCAAUUGCCAGCCCAUGGUCUUGGACUCGGUCGGCACCAGAAGCACUCUUCUCACCACAACCACCCCGCCUUACCCCACCCUUUCUCACAGCAACCGCCCGUUGCACCCCUUCAAAGCAACCAGCAGCAGCAACCUCCGCCGCCGCAGCCCGAACAGAAACGCUCGGCGCGUAAGAUUAUCAAGGGGAUUUUUACUAGCUCCUCCAGCAAGGAAAAUCAUAAUCAACAGCAGCAGCAACAACAACAACAACAACAACAACAACAACAACAACAGCAGCAGCAGGCCGGCCACUACGAUAACACCUCUGGCCUUGCUCGCCGACCGUCGAAACGGGUUAGCAAUACGCCAAAUUACCGCUACUCUCUGACGCAGCAGGUGUCGCAGCUCUCUAUCGACCAAGACCCGCACCAGCCAACCGAUUGGCAGCAACAACACCACUCGCCGCAUCCCCUUCACGGCCAGGCCCCUCCCCCUCUUGCUGGCGUCGGGGAACUCGACGAGGAGUUUGUCGCUCGUGGUCCUGAUAUUCACCCUCAUCAUAUCAAGACUCUUUCAAAUCCCCUCAACACCACUAUUCGCCAGGUCCAUCCCGACCUCGAAGCGCACUCACCCUAUCCGGGCGAGGAAUUCCAGUUGCAAUCACAGCAACACCACCACCACCCUCAGCAACAGCAUUCGCUGCCGCCGCACCAGCACCCCGGCAUUAUUCCCCAGUUCCAGCUGCAGCAGGAUCCUAACCAGCAGCACGUCCAGGGCAAUAUUGACCCUCUCCAACAUCAGCAGCCGCAACAGCAGUUUUCUUAUCCUUCUUCGCCCCAGGUCCAGUAUCAGCCUGGCUUGCCCCAGCUGCAAACCGGCCAUCUUCCGAACCCUCUUCAGCAUAAUCCCGAAACCUGUUCCCAGGUGUCGCGAGAGUCUCCUAUUGCCGAAACAGCCCCGGCCUCUUCUCACUUCCAGUCUUCCCAGAUCUCACCAGCUGCCACUUUCGCUUCCCAAUCUGGUCAGGAAAGUCCCCUUCCGCCCCUGGUAGCCGAAACCCAGCAAGACGGUGCCCACGACCAAUCUAUGGCACCGCCCCCUUCCGGAGCGCAGCAACCACGCCGUUCGCAAGAAGUCGACAGAGGGCAGCCUGGUGCUCCUCCGCCCUCGUACAGACACGCCCAGGUAAUGCCUCCCCCACCUGCGGGAGCACAGCAAAACCAGCCGUUUAGAGGUGCGGGCGGACAAGACAGAAUGCCUUACGACGGUUCUACCGGCGACCAGGGCCGCAAUAGCCCCCAGCCCGAGCGUGAAGACCCCGAAAAGGCGUUUAGAGAAUUGUUGGUCAAGUACAAGAAUGUCAAGCGGCUGUACUUCGACAACAAGGCGCAAAUAGAGCAAAUGACGGGCCAGAUCGAGCACUUGCAGAACGCCAUCGCCAACCAAAGGAUAUCUCAAUCCCGAACCGCCCUCGACGACAGCGAGUACGCGACACGAUUCAACAGGCUCAAUGGCGCGAUCAACAACCUUUCCUUCAACAUCCGCAAAGAUUGGCAAAUGGUUCCUCGCUGGCUUGACCGCUACGUCAGCCAGGAUGCCCUCCAGACUGGCAAGCAGGAAAUGACAGCGGUGGGCAGAGCGGUCAUUACGCGAUGGAUCGUCGAGGAGGUGUUCAACAGGUGUUUCCAUCCCGGCUUGGAUCCCGUGCUGAGCCGGCAGCUGAAGGAGAUCGAGCUGAAUAUCAGGCGCAACUCGUACACGCUGAACAGCCAAGAGGAGUACGAUGCGCUGACGGCCAAGGUCGUCAGCUGGAGGAUGGCUACGCUGGAUGGACUCGCGAGGGAGCUCAACUCGUCGGAUAGCGCCGAGCACCGCGCCGAGUUCACCCGGAGGGUCACGUCGACCUUGCUGAGCACGCUCAUGCAGUACCUCAAUGAUCCGCCGCCGGCCGGCGUCGAUGGAAGCGCGUCGAUGAUUAUGGAGUUGGCCGUGGGCAUCGCCGCGAACCUUCCCCUGGAGAGCCGUGAUGUGGUUAUUCGAUACCCGCUGCCUGGAGAUCCCUUGGAUCCUUCGUUCAUGGAGGUCGAAAAGCAAGGCCUACCUUCUCUGGAGGGUCUAGAAGCUGGGGAUGAUGAGGACGAUGACGAUAGUGGUGAUCCCAAUGAGAAGCCUUCGUCGAAGGAUCGUCACGCGGACAGGAGCCGAACGGGACCCUCCAAGGAUGCGAACAGAGUCCGGCUUGCAGGGUUCGUCGCCUUGGAAGUCAGGGGCAGACAGGUGCUUAUCAAAGCUCCCGUCUGGACUCUCGGUUAA